AUGUCUCCCCCCGAGCUCCCCUCCAAGCUCGUCACCGUCCCCUGGUGCGAGGGCCUCAACGUCGAGGCCUACUCGCGCAGAUCCGAGCCAUCUCCAGACCCCUUCUCUCUAACCGUCCCCCACGCCAUCAUCCGAAACACUCAUCUCUUUAACCAGCUUCGCUACGCUGAAGAGCUCGACAACCGAUCCCUCAAGGACGUCAUCGGUCCCCUCUGCGAGGAGAUCGCCCAGUAUCAGAAGCAAGACAACAAUGAGAUGUACGGCCUCUCCAAGACCAUCGUCAUCAAGUAUGGAGAGACUUCUCUCCGCGUCAUCCGCCGUAUCUGGGACCUCAACCUUGUCUACAACUCUCGCCCUGAGAUCCCUGACGAUAUUCCUCUUGUUUUCAAGCAGGGUACUUGGGCUGGUACUCUUCGCGACACUGUUCUCUACCGUAUGCACUAUGCCGAGGACUUCAAGAUUGCGAACCACAACCAAUUCAUGAACGGCGUCUACGUCACCGACGUUCUUACUCAAGAUCACCGCGACCGAGUCGAGCGUGUCGCCAAGGAACGUGAGGUUCUGUCCGCUGUGUGGCAGGAAGUGACUGAGAACUCUACUUUCGAAUGCUCCAGCUCUACAUCCCUUGGUAUGACAAAGGAGUCUGCCCUAGAGCUCUGCAUCAAGACUGUCGAAUCCUUUCACGAGACUUCUGAUAGGAUCGCAUUUGACACGGAAUAUGGGCUUCAGGAGGGUGAUGUUGAAGAAAUUCAGCACCGUCAGGCUCGUCAGCUAUUGCAUGUUGCAGCUCGGGCUGCUGCGAAUUGGGAGCCUCGACAACCUGGAUCUUCGGAUAAUAUUCUGGUUGUGUACUGUGAGGACAUGCUCCGACGCCGUAGGAACGAGAUCCGCAAGCAGAAUGCGGAACUGCGAAGGGAGCUUGAGGCCAUUCUGGGAGAUACUCGUGGAGGUCAGGUUGGCAUGGGGAGCGAUGGUGAGAGCGAGUAUGACAGUGAUGAUGAGUCUGAGGAAUCUGAUGAUUCUGAUCUUCCUAUGUUUGAUCACUACGAAAACUAA